ACAAAUCUGUCAGCAGUUUUUCCACUCCAGCUACAGCUCAGCAAACUCCCAUAUUCAGACAGGAACACCCUUUUGGAUACAAUGCUGGAAUCUUAUCGAAGUCUCGUGGUCCUGCAGCUCUUGCCGCUGCUUGCAGUUCUAUUGAUUUACUUUCAUACAACAUCCUUGGAUGGGCUGAAACCGCAAAAGAGUGCAGAGGACACGCCACCGGCUGAUCGCCUGGUGGUAUUCAUAAGGGACAACUUGUCUGCCCACACUUUCUUCUCGAAUCGCUGUCAGAAUGUGCCGAUGCUGAGUAAUAUCUUCUCGCACGAAGGUCUGGUGGGAGUUAGUUGUCCAGAGGCACCCACCUACCGUCCAAUUUCGCCAUAUGUGGCUCUAUUUUCCGGUAUCAAUGAGGAUGCAGUCACAGUGGCACGCAGCUGGCUGUGGCAAUCGAAGGCUCCUGACUCCCUUUUCGAGCGAUGCCGUCAAAACUUUGCCUGGACGACACCGGAAUUAGGAUCUUACUUUCCCAAAAUGAACUUGCACCGGGCAAUGGACUUCCAAGCGGAGGAUUUAGUUGCUGGGAGCGUGAAGCAUUUACUCUCCGACGAAUCCCAUCACUGGCAAACUACAAAAGGUAUCCUUUUCUUUGUGCACCUAGCGGGUGUGGAGCCCACUCGAAAAAGUCUGCCACGCAUUGAAGCCAACAUUAUGGACAUGUACAAGCUCUUCGAAAAGAGAUUUCCCGACCGGCGAACGGCAUACCUACUCACCUCCAAUCUGGGUAAACCCAAGCUUCAAUGGAAAUGCAAACUGUCUGUUGAAUCGCCGAUUAUGUUGUGGGGCGCAGGAGUGGCACACGCCAUAUCUGGUGGUGACCGCACCAUUAUGGUUAAUGCCACUGGGUACAAGUUACCCCUGCAUGUCCUGAAUCCUCUCCAGCUUACGUCCCUAUUAAGCGCUCUGCUAGGACUCCCGCCUCCAGUUUACAGUCUCGGCAUGCUUCCAAUUGGCUUGUUAAACGUGAGCUUGGAGUACGAGGCCAAGGCCAUGCUGACCAAUGCCCAGCAACUGGUGGCACAGGCUCGUCGUAUGAGAGAGAUGCAUCCCGGGAGUACUCCCGCUUAUUGGCUGGACUUUCCCCUGAUGGACUCCUUUUUGAAAAACUGCUGGCGCCUCGUGAGGCAGCAACGCUUCAAGGCUCUGCGGGAGUACAGCUGUAACUACAUGCCGCUGCUGAUUAAGGAAAUCGACUUCUACAAGGACUACUUUCGCGAUGCCAUGGUCUGGGCAGUGACCGUGGCUGGAGUCGGAUGGCUUUGCUGUGUGUACCAUACCCUUUCCGAUGGCCAUGGUCGAGAGGUGGGUCCCAUUAAGGGGCUGGUGCGGCUCAGAGGACUUUCUCGACUGCUGACCGGUGUAUUGGUGAUCUUUAUGAUGCUGGAAAGGAUUCCCUUGCUGGUGCAGGCCAUACUGCUCCUGCCUUCCCUCUACUGGAUGAUCACCCUGAAGAUGUGGGGCCAAAAGACCAAAACGGUAAGCCUACGUAGCGGGAUUGAGUCCGCUCUACUGGCCAUGACUUGCCUGGGUGGCUUUUACAGUCGCUCCAUUAUGGGCCUGGGCUAUUUGGGAUUUGCCUGUUACUCCAACAGAGAUGGCUUUCGGGUCCGAGGAAUGCAAUUCUACCUGUGGCUAACUAUGGUUCUGGGACUGUCGCUUGUAUCUCUUCUCCCGGAGUCACUGGGACAUUUGCAGCCAAGAGCUCUGCUCGUUAGCAUCUGGCUGACCCUUAUGCGGCCCCUGGCCUUCGGAGUGUACCUAAAUCCCGUGACCUGGCUGGUUAACAUUGGCAUGCUCUUGAUUUCUGUCGAGUACGUUUUGGUGGGCUCGUUUACUUGGGCUACGUAUGCUGCUUCCUGGGUCUAUCUGGGCUACGUUGCCUUCGGACAGCGACGCAGUCUUCAGCCCAACGAGCUAAUGCUCUUCAACCUGAGCACCCUGUACACCUUGACAUGCACCUCUUACGAAUCGGUGGUUAUCCAAAUGCUGGGCAUGGAACUGCUGCUGGGACUGAGGAUGAAGCUGGAGAGGAACGAGACAAUUGGAGCGAGUACUGUAUCCCAUUACAUACUGGUGUACAGCUGGUACUCUCUGUUCGUGAUUGGAAGCUUUCCAGCCUGCCAGAACUUCUUCGAAAUCGUCCAUGAAACCACCUUUGGCAACUUCUUUUUAACCCACAUCCUGACUACGAUGCUAAAGCUGUUCCUGCCUUGGCUGCUGAUGCUCUGCAUCCUGGCUGGUAACUACAAGGAUAUAUGGUGCCACGAGAGGCAGAUCUUUAUGCGGCUGCUCCUGCUGAACAGUGCAAUGUCGAUGGUGCUACUGCACCAAGUUCGAAGCGAUGGGCCAUGGCGAAAUAUCCUUAACAGUUUUACCAAGUUCGGCAUGGUGCAGGUGUUUCCGCUCUUAUGGCUGCUGCUGUGGCGUCUGGCUCACCACAAGCUGGGCUCCAAGUGGAUUACCCAGCUGCCAGACAGGGUGGCCUAAGGGAAUCUUCUAUAAACUUUGCAUUUUAAAGCAAGA